UUUCUUUCCUCUCUUCUCCUUCCCUCCCAUUUCUCCUUAAUACUGGGAGCCUUAUUCUAGACUUUGAUGUGACUGACCAUCCUCCUGCUCCGUGCUGCUGUUUCUUUUUUGAAGUACAAUGGCACUAAGUGGCAACUGCAGGACUUACCUCCCUGCCCGGGAGCAGGGCCCUGGGCUGCAACCCUUCCCGGAGGUUGUGGAGCUAAAUGUGGGUGGCCAGGUUUACUUCACUCGCCACUCCACCUUGGUUGGCACCCCUCACUCCUUGCUGUGGAAAAUGUUCACUCCAAAAAGAGACACAGCCAACGAUCUGGCCAAGGACUCCAAGGGAAGAUUCUUCAUUGACAGAGAUGGUUUCCUUUUUCGCUAUAUUCUGGACUAUCUCAGGGACAAGCAAGUUGUUCUGCCUGACCACUUCCCUGAAAAGGGAAGGCUCAAGAGGGAGGCUGAGUACUUCCAGCUCCCAGACUUGGUCAAACUCCUGACUCCUGAUGACAGCAAGCAAAGCCCCGAUGAUUAUUGCCACAGUGACUAUGAAGAGGUCUCCCAAGGCAGUGACACGAGAAUAUGCCCCCCUCCAUCUCUCUUACCAUCAGAUCGAAAGUGGGGAUUCAUUACCAUUGGGUACCGGGGGUCAUGCACUAUUGGCAGGGAGAGCCAAGCAGAUGCCAAAUUCAGGAGGGUCCCAAGGAUUUUGGUUUGUGGAAGGAUCGCUUUGGUCAAAGAGGUCUUUGGAGAAAGUUUGAAUGAAAGCAGAGAUCCAGACAGAGCUCCAGAAAGGUACACCUCCAGGUUUUAUCUCAAGUUCAAGCAUCUGGAGAGGGCUUUUGACAUGUUAUCUGAGUGUGGAUUCCACAUGGUGGCCUGCAACUCCUCUGUGACGGCGUCCUUUGUCAAUCAGUACACUGAUGACAAGGUCUGGUCCAGCUACACUGAAUAUGUCUUCUACCGUGAGCCGUCCCGCUGGACCUCGUCCCACUGCGACUGCUGCUGCAAGAACGGCAAAGGCGAGAAGGAGGGUGAGAGCGGCACGUCCUGCAACGAGCUGUCGACGUCCAGCUGUGACAGCCAGUCGGAGGGCAGCUCCCCGCAGGAGACCGUCAUCUGCGGCCCCGUCACGCGACAGCCCAACAUCCAGACACUGGACCGCCCGGCCAAGAAGGGCCCCGUGCUGCUGCUGCAGCACUCCGAGAGCCGGCGCAAGAGCGACCUGCUGCGGACGCUCACCUCGGGCUCCCGCGAGUCCACCGCCGGCAAGAAGAAGGCAGUGAAGGAGAAGCUCUCCAUCGAGGAGGAGCUGGAGAAGUGCAUCCAGGAUUUCCUCAAGAUCAAAAUCCCAGACAGGUUUCCAGAAAGAAAGCAUCCCUGGCAGUCGGAACUGCUGCGGAAGUACCACCUAUAGGUGGGAUGAUGCCCAUUGCUGUUACAGUGGGAUACGGAGUGAUACGGAAAUAAUUCCCAAUAGUAAUUAUGUGUUAGGUCACAAAAAACAAUCCAUCUCUAUAGUACUGCCUAAUUUGCCUAUCUCACCUUAACAUUUAUAGUCGUAGGGUAACGAUAUUUUUCCAGUUGUGGAAGCACAAUGACAAAUGUUUUUCUUUGUCAACUCUGAGUCUUACACAAGCAGAGUACCUUAAGGGCACGCAGGGCCGGCAGUGAGCGCUGCUUUGCUCUCUGGGGGUCUGCAGCUCCGUGCCUGGGGGCAGCAGGGCUGUGAGCACUGUGCCAGGACAGCAUUGCCUUCAGCACCUGGGUGUGGGUGUGCGCACAUAUAUAUAUGUGUGUAUAUACAUCUCCGUGUAUAUAUAUGUGUAUAUAUAUCAGAAUACAUUGCUGGCAGAUUGGCUCCCUCCUGAUCACUGCACUUUCUCAGGAAAGAGCACUGAUAGCAGCCGUGGAUGGUCGGCUCUUUGCAGCCUCUGAGGGCUGCAGCAGAACCCCCUCGCUCUGUCUCUCUCUCCUUUCCGUUUUCUGAGGCGCCAUGAAUGCAUUUCCCGGCAGACAGGGACAGGGCUCUCUGUUGCUGUGUUCCGUGCGUUUCUGGUGCUCUCCCUCCAUUGUCCCUCGCCCCUGCUGUGCCCCCAGGCUGUGUGGGGGCCAUGGGCUCAGCCCAUGCUGAUGGCAGGGCAGGCAUAGCGGGCUCCCAUCUGGUGUGGAAGCAGAUGCUGGAGAUGAUCGGCCUGAUGAGACGUGCUUAAUGCUCUGAGUGGAAGGGAAUGGGUCUCUGGGUCAGCAGCUGUGUGCAUUCCAGAGAACAGGAAAUGAGCUGCACGGAGUGUCCCCGGGGCUGUUGUGGGUGCGGGGUGGCACCGCUGCAGGGGGAGGAACGAGCACUGAGGUGCUCAGAGAAAUUAUUCAUUGUCAGACAGCACAAAAAGAGAGAAACAUGCUGAUAUGGGGCCGGCUGGAAUGAGCAGCUUGUCUCAGACUUAUUUAGCAUCAUCCAGGCUCCAGAGCUCCUGAGUUUGAGUCCGCCGUGGGAAAUGAUGUCAGUGUGCACAGGUUAUCUCUGCUGAUCCUAAGGCGGUUCCAGUGAGGGGCUCCUCUGUGCCUGCAGGGCUCUGCUGUUCCCAAAUUGGGGAGCUUUUGUUUUGCCAGGAGGAUCAUAAGGGCUGCACGAACAGGGCAUCAUACCCAUGGUGCGGCUGCGGGAGGGUAUUGGUGAGGGUGCACAUGGACCUAUGUGGACCAAAUAAUUUUCUUCCCCUAUACUUUUCCCCUCUAUUUUUCUCCUAUAUGCACCACAAAGAUGCUUUACAGCGCUCUGGUGGACAGUCUGUGGGGUUUUAGUUCCAGCCUGGGAGUCGGUUUGUUCCUUUCUUUGCAAAGCUGUGUGCAGAGGGCAGUGCUGGGCUGCCCGGGGCCGGCAGUGAGUGUGGUAGCUGGGACCCCCCCGCGCCCCCCAAGUGCCCCCAGGCCCAGGAGGGAGCCCCUCCCCCUCCCUGCCCCACAGCGCUGCUGCAUGCGGUGUUCUGAGUCCCUGACGUGUCAGCCCCAUGUGUACCAUGGUACGAACUACUUGUCCAGUCCUAUGGAUAGAUUAUGCCCCCGCGGGGUUUUGUAGAUUAAUAGUAAAAGAACAACAAUGACAACAACAAAAAAAGCACUUUUAAAUUAUUUAUAUUAUAAAAAGACAUUCUUUAUUUUUCUUGGCAUCGAUAUCACUUAGCUACAAAUCAGUUUGUAAGAAUGCUAUUGCAGAUUUUAAUCUAUAGCAAUGACCAAGCACGGGAUGCGGCUCUGGGGGCCGUGGUGGGGUGGGGGCUGUGGGCAGUGCCUCCCCGCCCCGCUCACCUCCCAGCCCGGACCUCCCAUGGCACGCGGUGACUUCGCUGCGGCGGAGUCCAUCUAUUGCACAUCGACGUAGGUUAAGUGGCACCCACCGAAUUACCUCUUCUAUCUCCGACGUGGUUCACUUGUAUAUAAGUGUAAUGUCAACUUGUUUACAGGUUACUUUGUGCUUAAUCGUGGAAGAAAAACUAAAGUUUUAACAAACGUAAAGGAACCGAUUUGACUGGAAGGUGUUUAACAAUGAAUGUGCUUAAUGCAGUAUAGACAUCAUCGGUUGUGGUCUCACACGAAUGCAUGUAUCUCCGUGUCGUCAGUCCCCACCAGUGAGGUUAUUGGCAAUAUUCUGCGGUCUGUGAAUAGCAAAUACGCAUACACUGCUGUGACUCUGACAAAUAUAACUCAGUUACUGUUUCUACUGUGGUAUGUAAAAAAAAAAAAACAACAGCAACAACAAAGUAGCUUUUAGCCUGCUGUAUUUCCCUGGGACACGUAACAACGAGAUAGCAUGGAAAUGGGGGGAAAUAGCCGUGCCCGAGCAUGGCCUGCUAUGCUGUGUCCCUCUGGGGAGGUGCUGGGGGUCAGGGAGGGGUUGGUGCUGUGGCAGAGAGCUGAGCUCUGCCUUAGGAGCCCGAUAAGCGCAGCGUGAUGGUGCAGGAAUGGGUCCUGCAUGGGUGGGUGUCAGCAAUGUGCUGGUGGGAGAGCAGCUCUCGGCGCUUUGUGUCGGAGGUGAGACCUGCAGCUCAGUGCCACUGUGUGCACACGUACUGUGAGAGUACAGGCAGGGCUAAGCGAGUUGGUGCCCUUCACAGAAUCACAGAAUCGCAGAAUGGCCAGGGUUGGAAGGGACCUCAAGGAUCAUGAAUC